AGCCAUAAACAUUGCUUUGCAGUUACUAUCUUCAACACUGUUAAACAUUUAAUUUCCAAUACUAAACUGUUUUUCCAACUACCACCAUUCUCACCCUUCAAGUUUCCUCAUUCUUCACUUUUCAACCAAUAAUUUUCACUGUAUCACCAUAAAUUCUCUCCUUCAUUGUUUCUUGUGUCAGCUUCCUUAGUUAGUUGUGGUGGGGAUAGUUCAUUCUUUGUUUUCCAUUUUCCUUACAAUCUCUCUCUCUCUCUCUCUCUCUCUCUCUCUCUCUCUCUCUCUUAAUCUUAUCCUCUUUGCUUAGUACUAUAACAAACAACCUCAUUAUGCAUCCUUGAAAUUUUAAUGAUAUUGUUUUUUUGUCAAGUCUUUUGUUAAAGAUUACUUCAAUGACAUAUUUUUAUCUCAAUCUUAUUGUUCUUUCUUUGUUUUUCUUCAUCCAUAGUACUCAUGAGUUACAAUUUGCUCAAACACAAGUUCUGUUACAGUUAAGAAAGUAUCUUGAAUACCCUACCUCUCUGCAAAUUUUUGAAAAUUACAAUUUAAACCUUUGUACCAUUCCUCAAUCUGAACAUUUCAGCAUUAAAUGUGAGGGUAAUUCAGUAACUGAGCUCAAAAUCAUAGGAGACAGUCAUAAACAUGCAAAGAUUUCCAAAUUCAAUGGUUUUGCAGUUCCAAAUCAAACACUAUCCAAAACUUUCUCUAUUGAUUCUUUUGUCACAACAUUAGCAAGGUUAACAAAUUUAAAGGUACUUAGUUUGGUUUCUUUAGGUAUAUGGGGCCCACUUCCUGAUAAGAUUCAUAGAUUAUCUUUGCUUCAAGUUUUGGAUUUAAGUUCAAAUUUCUUAUUUGGUUCUAUUCCACCAAAGAUAGGUGCAUUGGUUAAUCUUCAAAUAUUAACAUUUGAUGGAAAUUAUUUUAAUGCAACAAUGCCUAAUGUUUUUGAACCUUUGUUUAAUUUAACUAGCUUGAGUUUGAAAAAUAAUCACUUAAAGGGUUCAUUUCCUUUUUCAUUAUGCAAAAGUAAAUCUCUUACUGAUAUUUCAUUUUCACAUAAUGAAUUAUCUGGUGCAUUGCCGAAUUUUGUUGAGCUUUCGAGGUUACGUGUGUUGGAUUUAAGAGAAAAUAGUUUUGAUUCUGAGUUACCUUUGAUGCCGAAAUCAUUAGUCACGGUGUUGCUAAGUAAAAACUCGUUCACCGGUGUGAUUCCUAGUGAGUUUGGUGAAUUGAAUCAGCUUCAACAUCUUGAUCUUUCGUGGAAUCGUCUUAGCGGGGUGUGUCCGUCGUCGUUGUUUUCUUUGACAAAUAUUAGUUACUUGAAUUUAGCAAAUAAUGAUCUAAGUGGUUCAAUUCCAAAGAAACUAAAAUGUGGAACCAAACUUGGAUUUGUGGAUAUUUCUAGUAACAUGUUAAGUGGUUUUGUUCCUUCUUGUUUGGAAAGUACUUCUGAUAGAAGAGUUGUUAGAUUUGGUGGAAAUUGCUUAUCUGUUAACUCUCAACCUCAGAAUCAGAAGAAUAGUUCUUAUUGUAAAGAAUCUAGUUCAAGAAAGAUGAAAUUUUGGAGAUGGGAACUUGAUGUUGCAAUUGCUAUCAUUGUUGUGGUUUUGCUUUUGCUUUUAGCUUUUGGAGUUUUCUUUUACAGAAAGUUUCAUUCAAGAGAGAUAUAUAGACAUGAAAUGUUGCCAAAGAUUGUUCAAGAUAAUUCAACAACAGGAGUUUCCUCUGAACUUCUUGCUAGUGCAAGAUAUAUUUCUCAAACAAUGAAGCUAGGGACACAAGCUACUCCAAGUAGUAGACACUUUUCCAUUGAAGAAUUGAAGGAAAUCACAAGAAACUUUGAUUUGUCAACUUAUAUUGGUGAAGGAUCCAUAGGAAAGCUGUACAAAGGUAAACUAGAGAAUGGAUCUUAUGUGAUUAUAAGAUCAUUGGCUCUGAGAAAGAAAUUCUCAAUACAAAAUCUCAAAGCUAGGUUGGAUUUACUGUCAAAGCUUCACCAUCCAAAUUUGGUUAGUCUCUUAGGUCAUUGUAUUGAUGGUAGUGGAAAAGAUGGUGCUAGUACCAACAAGCUUCAUCUUGUGUACGAGUAUGUGCAAAAUGGCGAUUAUCGUACACAUUUGUCAGAAUUUUCGUCAGAUAAGGCACUAAAAUGGUCUGAUAGAUUGGCAAUUUUAAUUGGAGUUGCAAAGGCUGUGCAUUUUUUGCAUACUGGAAUUAUACCAGGUUGUUUUAGAAACCAAUUAAAGACGAACAAUGUUUUACUUCAUGAACACCGCUUUCCCAAACUAAGCGACUAUGGUAUGUCCUUGAUCUCCGAAGAGAUCGAAAACAUUGAGGUAAAGGGAGUGAUUCCAAAAUCUUGCCAAAGGGAAGAAUUAAAGGAUGAUGUUUACAAUUUUGGUUUCAUAUUGUUUGAAUCACUUGCUGGUCCCAUAGCAAGUGAGAAAGGAGAAGCAUUCUUUCUUAAUGAAAAGGCAUCAUUUGAUAGUCAUGAUGGUAGAAAAAGAAUAGUAGAUCCAAUAGUGUUGACAAGUUGCUGUCAAGAGUCUUUAUCAAUUGUAAUAUCUAUCACAACCAAAUGCAUAUCUCCACAAUCAUCGUCUCGUCCUUCUUUUGAAGAUGUCCUCUGGAAUUUACAAUAUGCAGCUCAAGUUCAAGCCACGGCAGAUGCAGAUUCUAUAUCCUAGCUAGCUAACUCCCUUCAUUGCAAUUAUAAAUGUAUAGUUGUUGUAAAUUUUCUCUCUUUUUUCUGUUUAUUUCUAGAGUUUUAUACAAAAAAUCUAGAGGAUUGAUCCAUCCCCGUAGGGGCAGAGAACUCAUCGCUGUCUCGGCUGUGAAACCAUACCUGAGGCUUUGGGGAAGUCAGAAUAGGAGAGCACUCAUCUUAGAUACUUUUAGCAGUUAUCCGCUCCACAAAUGUUUACCAUUGGCACGAUAACUGGCACAAUAGAGGUGCGUCCUUCCCGGUCCUCUCGUGCUAGAGGAUAUAUCUUGAAAAUAUGUAGCCAUUAAUUUUGUUGACAGGUUUAUGCCUUUAAAAUAAUUACAAAGAGAAAGCAUUAAAAAUA